UUCUCUGUUUCCUAUUAUCAUUGAGAGCUGGAUAUAAAUGGCAUUGGAGGUAAUCUCUUGAAGAGAAUAGUCAGAGAAGAAUUGCUCUGCCUCAUCAGGAAUCACCUCCUGCUCUGUCUGCCCAUGGACCUGCAUUAUCAGAGAUGUAGCUGAAAAUUCCUUUCUCCAGAGUUUCUCUACUACAUAUCCCAUUAUGGCUAGGAGCUGCUCCGAGUGCAAGGAGAAGAGGCCAGCACACAUUCUCUGCACCUACUGCAACCGAUGGCUGUGCAGCUCUUGCACGGAGGAACACCGCCAUGCCAAGGACCUGGCCGACCAUUUUCUUUCCCUGGCGCAGAAGGGAUCUUCAGGAAUGGACAGUGGGUCCAGUGACUCUUCUUCGUACUGCCCAUUGCACGGUCAAGAGGUUCUCAAGUUGUUCUGUGAGACCUGUGAUGUCCUCACAUGCCAUAGCUGCCUGAUGAUUGACCACAAAGAUCACAGGUGCAGACAUGUAGAAGAGGUUUUGCAAAACCAAAGAAUGCUUCUGGAAAGUGUGACCACUCAAGUGGAGCAUAAGAAAACUGGGUUGCAGGCAUCUGCUAAACAGAUUGAAGACAGGCUAUUUGAAGUCAAGCAUCUUCACAGGAAAGUGGAAAACCAGAUCAAAAUGGCCAAGAUGGUUCUGAUGAAUGAAUUAAACAAGCAAGCUAAUGGACUUUUGGAACAGCUGGAGGGACUCACUAAUGAAAGGAAGCAGAAACUGGAGCAGCAGUUGCAAAGUAUCAUGGUCUUAAAUCGCCAGUUUGAGCACGUGCAGAACUUUAUCAACUGGGCAGUCUGCAGCAAGAACAGCAUCCCCUUUCUCUUCAGCAAAGAACUGAUUGUAUUUCAGAUGCAGCGUUUGCUGGAAGCAAGUUGUAACACAGAUGCUGGUCCCCCCUGGAAGAUCAGGUUUACCUGGGAGCCUUCCUUUUGGACAAAGCAGUUGGCCACCUUAGGCUGCAUAACAACGGAAAGCGGACCACUGCCCCGUCCAGAAGCCCUCAGCUAUGGAAAUAUGCAAGGGUCAUCUUUCUAUCAUAGUCACCUCUCCCCGGUUACCCAGCAGGAUCCUCUUGGCAGCCAGCCCCAUAAAUUCCAAGCUUCAGGCCCGUGUUCCACACCAGUCUGCUGUUCUCACUGUCCCCCUGCCCUCCAUGUGCACAAAAGCCAGGCCCUGCACCCGAGCACGCACCAUCCCCAGAGCUUUAGACAACCCUCGGAGAUGCAGCCUCCAGCACACACGUCUGCCCAGUAUACACCGGCAGCACCACCCAGUGAGAAAGAGCAGACCUGCAGUCCUCCUCCUGUGAAGCUGAUGCAGCCCUGGCUGGACCCUCAGCUGCACACCGAGCCAGAGAGCACCCCGCAGGGAUUGGGCAAGCUCUCUCAUGCACAGCCCCUGCAGCAAGGCCCACAUCCGGCCUGUGCAGGGGCACCACCAGCACAUACCCAGCACACUCAGUGUCCCCUACAGGCCCCCUCCGUCCAGGUCCAAUUUGGUCACCACCAGAAACUAAAGUUCAGCCAUUUUCAGCAGCACCAGCAGCUGCCCCCCCCUCAGCCACCACAGUCACUGCCCCCACAGCAACAGCAGCAGCAGCAGCAGCCACCGCCGCCACCACUGCCGCCACCUCCACUGCCUGCGGGUCAGCAUGAGAGUGCCCAUGAGCCUGUUCUGCAUCCCAGUCUGGACAUCAUGCACCAUAAGUUUGAGCUGGAGGAAAUGCAAAAGGACCUGGAGCUUCUUCUUCAGGCUCAACAACCCAGUUUACAGCUCAAUCAGACCAAGUCACCUCAGCAUGUGCAGCAAACCAUCGUGGGCCAGAUAAACUACAUAGUGAGGCAGCCAGCCCCACUUCAGCCAGUCCAAGAGGAAGUCUCUCAGGCUUGCGAUGAGCCCAGUGUGCCUGAAGGCCCAAAGCCAGUCCCACCUCUCGACAGAACUGUCAUCCCUCCCCUGUCUCAGGCCAUGGCAGAAGAUGCCCCUAUCAGCGUGCACCCUCUGGACAGCACCAUGCAGCCCUCUUCUCCCAACCCAGUGAGAAAGCGCUCAGCCUCAGUGAGUAUAAUGGGAUUCUCCAACACGCUGGAAAUGGAACUGUCAUCCUCAAGAACAGGGAGGUCAAUGGAGCCCCAGAUCCAGAGUGUGAGCAGCCUGACCCCUAGCUCCUGCUCCCACAGCGUGGGCCCUACCUCCGACGCACCACCAGAAACAGUGCCCAGUUAUGCUCCAGCAGUCACCUGGGUCCUGCACCCUGGGGAAGGGGCCAGCCACUUGUCUUUGGGAGAUGUUCUCUUGGGUAAUGCGCCCUGCAAGAUGGAAAAUGAGGAUUCCAGGCCUAUUAAUGAUUCUCUGGGACACAACACAGCAGCUGCCUGCCCAGAUGCUCAGGAAGAAUUAGUUCUUCCUUUACAAAAAAUCCUGGAGGAACCGAUUAAUCUCUCAGUGAAGAAACCCCCGCUUCUUACCUCUCCCCCAGCGCCAGCCGUCAGUGCCUCUCCCCUGCCAUCCACAACUGCAAAGCCUCUUUGGCACACAGAAGAAAGGAGGGGCCAAGUCACUGCUGCAUUAAAAUGUGUGGAGAGACCCAAGGCUGGUUCCGGUGGAACACUGAAUGGAGACUAUAACUGCGGCAGUUCUGAACAGGAGCCAUUUGAGACAGACACGAAGGAGAAUCCAAAUAUCAGGACCUACCCCAAAGAGCUGAAGAUUCCCUACGUGCGUCUAGAGCGCCUCAAGAUCUGUUCAGCAGCCUCGGGAGAGUUGCCUGUGUUUAAACUGCAGAGAGAGCAAGAUGGGACCCUCCUGCUGGUCAUUGAAUGUGGGGCAGAAUCAUCUAGCAUGUCCAUCAAGAUCAACCAGGACAAUUUGCCAGAUGCUCUGAAGCCGACCACUGACAAUGGAGGAGAGAGAAAUGUCUCUGUAGGCUUCUCUGCUGGACAGAAACUGCCACUGUUUGGAACCCCCUCUCCUGGGGAACAAAGAAGCCACUGUAAUCCCGGAGCCAAGAAGUCUCCCUCGGUCCCCAAUACAGACCCCAUUGAGAAUGAAGACUUCUGUGCUGUGUGUCUGAAUGGAGGGGAGCUGCUUUGUUGUGACCACUGCCCCAAGGUGUACCACCUCUCCUGCCAUGUUCCUGCCCUGCUCAGCUUCCCCGGGGGCGAGUGGGUAUGCACCCUCUGCCGGAGCCUAACAAAGCCAGAGGUGGAAUAUGACUGUGACAAUACUCGAUACGGCCACGCGGGUCUUGGAGGACGUGUACUUCCUGGCCUGAGUGAAUAUGACCAGAAGAAAUGUGAAAAGCUGGUGUUGUCCCUGUGCUGCAGCAGCCUCAGUCUCCCUUUCCAUGAGCCUGUCAGCCCUCUGGCUCGGCAUUAUUAUCAGAUCAUCAAGAGACCCAUGGAUUUAUCAAUUAUCCGGAGAAAACUCCAAAAGAAAGAUAUCGCCCACUACUCGAGUCCGGAGGAGGUGGUGGCUGACGUCCGCCUCAUGUUUUGGAACUGUGCAAAGUUCAAUUAUCCGGACUCGGAGGUCGCCGAGGCAGGUCGAUGCCUGGAGGUCUACUUCGAGGGCUGGCUAAAGGAGAUCUACCCGGAGAAACUGUUUGCUCGGCCGAGGCAGGAGGACUCGGACGCGGAGGAGGCCGAGCACGAGCGCGGCGGCUCCAGGACUCCUCAGGGCUUUCCGUGGCCCGCCUACGGGCACGAAUCCAUGCAGCCCAAGAGGAGGCGGCGCCACACGGAGAGUGAGAGAGCAAAAAGGCUCUCCUUCCGUCUGGCCAGCAGCUUCCCCCAGGUGUGAGGGGAGUGGGCUCCCCGGAGGACGCCGGCCCGGCCCACUCCUCGUGACCCUGCAGGCCGCGCCCUCGGGAGAGGUUGGAUUCCGCGAGUGUCCCUGAGCAGCCUCCGGUGGGCGUCUGCAUGGAAGUCUUAGCGGUGAAACUGGGAGAAAAUCCGGCGGCGGACUGCCUCCUGCUGCCGUUAGUCUCAGCUUAGCUCCGGUCAGGCUGCAACGGCGCUCUGAUUCCCGGGCCGACUGUGCCUUUCGGAGUACGUUGGACUUUCCAGCACCUUCUACUAUAUUUGUCUGUGCAUAGGAGUCGGGAGAGAAGGAGGGACUGUCAGUACUCUGGCUGCCGAGAUAGCCGCUGGUCACUGUGCCUCUUGUUGAGGCACCGUCACUGGCAGUCGUGGAAUCCUCAUAGGGAAUACCGGAAACCUUUGGCCUAAAACUCCACUUGUCGUCAAGAUAGUCUCCCUGCCCUGUGCUUUCCAAGCGCCUCACACAAUCCCUCCCUCAUCAUAAGCGGCCGGGGAGGAGGAGAGGAGGAGGGGGAAAGUGUGUUUCUUUAUAAUUCUCUCCUGACAUCCCUCAGGGGUAUCUAAUCCCUUUUUCUUCUGGUAGUUGUGUCCGUGCUGCGUGGCUUUGUUAGGGCCAUUUAACGCAAAGACUUAAACUCUCUCUUUGGAGGGAUUAAGGACACUCACGUGUUCCAGCCUGUUCUCUGGCCCGCAGUAGUGAUAGCAUUUCUCUCUAAGAAGCUUCUUUCCUUGACUUCAGAGGUGGCUCCCAUAAGGUGGUAUCGCUGACUGGAGAGCAACCUUUGACCCUCGGUAGAGUCCAUGACCAUGGUUUUUGGGGUUGCUUUUGUGAUCUGUGUCUUCUGAGCCUGGGAUGCUCAGGCCCCUCUUUUUGUCAGUGGAGAUGGAGGCAUUCGAGGGAGAGGCCAUGAAAGAGUCCUUCAGCCAACCUCAUGGGCAAGGGCUGCAGUGAUGCCUUUUUUCUUGUCACCAUCAUGAAGAACACAUUUGGAAGGAACCCUCAGUGGAAUACUUAAAGAAGGGACUCUUUAAUCUGUCCAGGAAAGAGUAAACUUCCAUUUUGUUUCCUUUCUGCUUUCCAUUUGUGUCAUAAAAAUCAUAGAAUCUCUGGACUAGGAGGGACCCUAGAGGCCAUCUAACCCAACUUACUCUUAAACAGGAAUAUCUUCUAGAGCAUUCCCAACAAGUGGUGAUCCAGCUUCUUCUUGAAGACCUCCAGUAAUGGAGAGCUCACUACCUCCAAAUAUGGCCCUUUCCACCAUUGAAGAGCUCUGAUUGUUUAGAACAUUUUUUUUUUCCUGCUCAACUGAAAUCUGGCUUUCUGUGACUUUCUCUUAUAUAUCUAAGGAUUUAGAGCAUGAAGGUACUUUGCAAUCCUUUCACAUUAUAGAUGAGGAAACUGAGACUUAGAGAAGGACAGUCUGUCACUUGCCCAAAGUCAAACAGCUAUUAAGUAGUGCAACCAGCACUUGAACCCAGGCCCUUGGACUCUAAAUAUUGGCUCUUUUCACACCUCACCACUGCUGUAACUAUUGGUUUCUUAGCAGUGCCUACUGUGGCCAACCAAAAUAAGUCUGGUGUCUCUUCUAUAUAGCAGCCCUUUAAAUACUUAACAGGAAGCUAUCAUGUUAGCCCUUAAUUUUCUCUUCUUCAGUCUAAGCAUGCCCAGUUUUUAGCUACUCAUCAUAUGAUUUUCUGGUUGACCCUGUCUAGUUAUGGUUCAGUCUUUCCUAAAAUGUGGUACCCAGAACUGAACACAGUACUCCAGGGCAAAGGAUAGCAGGACCAUCAUCUCUCUUAUUUUAGACACUGUGCUUCUGGUAAUUCAGGUGAAGAUUUCCUAUUCUUUCUGCCAUGUCACACUGUGGAUUUAUAUUGAGCUUGCAAUCCAUUAAAACCUCCAGGUCUUUAUUUUUUUUUUUUUAUCUUUGAGAUUUUAACUGUUUAAUAGUUUAACUGAAACUAUUAUGUAGUAUACUCUAUCCCUAAUCCUACACUUAUACAGUGGAUUUUUUUGGUGCAAGUAUACAGUUAAUCACUUUUAGAUUUCAUCUAAUUAGAUGGUACUUAUUUCUCUAAACAGUAGAAAUCUUCCAGGAUACUGGUCCUUUCAUCCAAUAGGUUAACUGCUGCUCCCAUUUUCAUGUUAUCUAUGACUUUUUGAUAAAAAUGAUAAGCAUUACUACAUAGUUAUUUUUCAUGGUUCUAUUGAAAAAUGCUGACAAAAACAGGACAAAGGAUAGAGUCCUGUGAUAUUCCAUUAGCAGUAUCCUUCCAGGUUGACACCAACCCAUUACUGAUGGGUUCUAUUACUCUAUUACUCACAGAGUUGCAUCUCUUUGAACCUAGUCAUUUAACCAAUCCUGAAUUUUCUAUGUGAAACUGUCUUAUUAGUGUCACUAAAUGGGCCUUGUCUUGCUCAUGCAAUUAUUCUGAGAAACUUUGGCAAAUGUCUUGCUGAAGUUCAGGUAUGUUAUGUCCAUGGGAUUCUCCUUGUAAACUAAUUGAGUAAUCCUGUCAGCAAAGGAAAUGAAGUUAGUUUUUUGCACCUACUUCCUGAUGAAUCUAGACUGCUUCUCUGGGAUCAAUUUCCCUUUCAUUGAGUCAAAAGGAUUCAUUAAGUGUAUUAGGCCCAGUUGCUCAAAGACAAAUGAAAAACAGUUUGUGUCCUUAAGAAAAUUACAUUCUAAUGGGGGAGAUGACCUGCAAAUGUAUAUGUGUACUCUUCUAUGUGUUAUACACACAUACAUAGACACAGAGGGAAGGGAAAUGGCUUUUAUAUAGCACCUGCUAAGUGCCAAGCACUGUGCUAAGUGCUUUACAGAUAAAUAUCAUUUAAUCUUCACAACAACCCUGGGAGGUAGGGUGCAUUCUUAUCUCCAUUUUACAGUUGAGAAACCCAGGCAAACCCAGGGUCCCACAGCUAGAUUUGAAUUUAGAUUGUCCUGAUUCCAAACUAGUGCUCUAUUCACUGAAUCACCUAGCUGCCUAUGCACAUGUACGUGUAGGGCAGAUAGCAGGUGAUCUUGAAAGGGGUCACACUAGGUGAACUUGGGAGGAGACCAACAGCUGUGGUGAUGCUUGAGCUCAGUCUUGAAGGAAACCAGGGAUUUCUAGGGACUUGUUAAGUAUUCUAGAAUUAAACUCAUUGACCUCUAACUUGUUUUUUUUCUCCUUUAUUUUUGAGAUUGGGUUUCCUUAUCUCAUUCAGGCCGGAAGUGCAGGGCCAUUCAUAAGCCCAGUACAAUACCGAUUGACACAGAAGUUUAACCCGCUCUGUUUUUAUGACCUCAGUUGGUUCAGCCCUCCUCUGGCAGCCCGGUGUCCAUCUGCUACUGGGGCUUAGCAUACUAGUGCCAAACUUAGUGUAGAUGCCUGAUUGGUUUGAGUCUUACUGCAGCUCAGAAGGUCAGAGCCCAGAUGAUCCAUCAACUUCAGGAUCCCCAGCAUCAGGGACUAUGGGCAGUCCUACCAUGCCUGGUCUGACCCAUUAUUUGAAAAAUAAAAUUCUCCUUUUUAAAAA